UGUUUUCGAUGUCUGAAUCUAAAGCUGUAACCGUAGAGUUUAAAAGACUUCUCCAACCUCCAGGAAGAAAACCAAUUACAAAUAAUGAUAUGAAAUGCCUAGGCCUAAUUGCUAUAUGGGGGCAAGCAUCUGUGAUAUCUGUGAAUAAGGGGUAUCCAAGGUUUACAAAACGCUUUCAUCAAGUAUUUGGAAUCGAUACCUUUUGUCUUUCCUAUGGCUAUGAUUCGUAUCGGUGGAAAGUUGCAUACUUUUGUUGGAUGGCAAUAAUUAUUAUUGCUUUCUUAGUUGGUGAACUUUGGUGGCUUUCUGAAGGAAAUUUUCAGAAAUCCUUCUUUAGAAACAAGUCUAUUUGCGAACAAAAAAUGAAGAUGCUUUCUUAUAUCAACUAUGAGGAUUAUGCUAAUUUACCAGAAUUUACUUGGGAAGAGAUUAAUGAGAGAGUUCAGCGUGGGGCGUAUUUGGUCGUUUGCGACGGAUUCGUGGUGGAUAUUCUUGAUUGGGCUUAUUCUCAUCCAGGAGGUAGCAAAAUACUAGUAAAUGUUAUUGGAACAGAUAUUACGAAUGAUUUUUACAAUACACAUCAAAGAAUAGAUAUUGAUGAAGAGAUAGAUUCUCCGGAAGUUUUACUUAUUCCAAAAGACAUAUCCUCUGGAAAUAUUCCAUCUGUGCUUACAAAGUAUUUAAGUCACCUUCAAGGAGUGUCAUUGCCUCGGAAACUGUCCACAAUUUCCAGAUUAAUUGAUAAUAUUAACAAAAUGUACUAUCUAAAGACACCAUUAGCGCAACAUAAUCAUAGUAGGUUUGCCACACAAAGAAUGGCGUCAAUGGUAAUAGGCAAAGUGGUUGAAAAAAGACAUUUGACCAUAAAUGAUAAUUGCUCUUUUUCUACUUUUUCUACAAUUCAAGAAAGCGAAAAGACUUACUCUGAACUUAAUAGAACAUUUAUAAUUAAAAAUAUUCAAUUUCAUCGUUAUAAACUUACAAACAAAGUAAUGGUUAAUGCAAAUGUUAAAUAUCCUGUAAUAAGAUUUACGUUUUCUAGAAUACAUCAGGAUGAGAAUGUUAUUGGAAAUCAAAAAUUCUUGCCCGGACAUUAUAUUGAAAUGCAAUCUAGAAAGGAGCAACUAAUAGGAUAUGAAAUUCAAGCUCGUGGUCCAUUUGAUAUUUGUAAUAGACCUAGACCACAUCUUUUGCCUACAAAGCCAUUAACUUUUGCACCGUACUCUAAUUUGGGAAAAGGCUUUUAUUCACCAACAAGUCCUUACGCAAGUCCUUACACUGUAUUUACUGGAAUAUCGUCACUGAUAAAAACUUCUCUAUUAAACCCAAAUUGUUUGGAUGGUGGUACUGGAAUAACGCCAAUGCUACAGUUAAUUAAGUAUUAUCUGGAACGGUCAAUAAAACGAAAUAACGACACCAAACGAAAUUUUAGUUUUAAACGAAUGCAUUUAUUAUUUGGAAACCAUAAAAUUGUAGAUAUAAUUGAUGGUAUAUUACUCGAAGAUAUGGCACUUUCAAGCGGAGGACAACUUACUAUAACAUACUGUCUCACAGAUCCGCCUCCAGAUUGGGUUGGUUUUCAAGGGAGAAUUAAUCUACAAAUAUUACAAAGCUGGAUGAAUAUAUCGCAGGGUAUAAUAUCAACUAAUCAGCAAACCAAAAUCAAGUCGCAAACAACAGCGGAAGAUAGUAAUUAUAUGUAUAUUCUUCAAGAUCAUUAUAAACCAUCUAACUCUGACGAACAGAGUAAGAGUCCUUCGCCAGAUAUCGGCUCUAAAUCACAGUUAUCACUUUUAUCUCAUGAAACAGCAGAUACACUGAAUUCUACAACAGCACCGAAUUCAAGAGAAAUAAAUGUACCAAUGGAAAAAUCAGGAAUAUCUGAAAAAAAAAUUAAGCUGGAUUUAGUAAAUUCAAUGCAAUGGAAUGAUGUAAUACAAAAAAAAAUUAUCGUUUGUGGACCAUUUAAUAUGAUGAUAGCUGUUGAAGAAGCUUUGCUUAGUAUGGGAUAUAAUGAGCAGGAUAUUGUUAUGCUAUAUUAA